ACAUUUGUCAUGAUUGUUGGUUACACCACCCACAAAAAUUGAAAAAUAAUUAUAUAAAAAGGGACCAAAAUGAAAAUAAUCAAAAUAUAAAGGGUAAAAAGAGAAAUUCCAAACAUAAAAGAGGAAGCGCCAAAGGCAAAGAGCAGGGAAUUAACGAAGCGGAGGCUAUUAGGGUUUUGGGGGUAAUAUAUAAGGGCGCUCAUACUUAGAUUUCUCCGAUCCCUUCACAUUCUAUUCACUAUUCUGAUUAUACUAUAGCUAGGGUUAGGGUUAGGGUUUUCGAUCCAAUGGCGGAGGUCAGGUCGACUGGUGUGGUCCGGUGGUUCAAUGACUCGAAAGGCUUCGGGUUCAUCACCCCCGAUGAAGGAGGCGACGAUCUGUUCGUCCAUCAAUCCGCGAUCCAAUCCGACGGCUUCCGUAGCUUGGCUGAGGGCGAGCUUGUCGAGUUCGAUAUCGAGUUGGGCGAGAACGAGAGGACCAAGGCGGUCAAUGUCACUGGCCCUAACGGAUCAUCCAUCCAGGGCAACAACAGGUCCGGACGCGGCGGCGGCGGAGGCGGAUUCGCCGGUGGUUGGAGAGGCGGAGACAGGCGUAACGGUGGUGGUGCUGGUUGUUACAAUUGUGGUGAUACUGGCCACAUGGCUAGGGAUUGUAACAGAGGAAGCGGCGGCGGCGGUAGCUGUUUCAGUUGUGGUGAGGUUGGGCACAUGGCUAGGGACUGUCCACGAGGAAACAAUUCCGGUGGUGGUGGCGGUGGCGGUGGGGGCUGCUAUAAUUGUGGUGGCUACGGGCACAUGGCUAGGGACUGUAAGGAAAACACCGGUGGUGGUGGUGGCGGCGGUGGCGGCGCAUGCUAUAAUUGUGGGGAAAUCGGGCACCUGGCAAGGGAUUGCCGCAACCACGGAGGCAGCAGCGGCGGCCGUGGAGGCGGUGCCGGAGGCGGAAGAGGCUGUUUUCAUUGUGGGAAGCAAGGGCAUUUUGCGAGAGAGUGUCCUGAGGAAACUACCGCUUCUUGAAUAACAAGAAAACAAAACCAAAAAGAAAAAAGAGUAAUAGUACAUAUUCUCAUUUGGUUACCUUCAUAUCUGGUGGAUUAUACAUAGGAUGUUUUGGCUAAAUGGGUUUUUGAUAUUUUGUGUUGGUUUUUAAAGUUGGUCAUCAAGCUUCUGUUUGAUCAACAAAUUUUCCGGUUUACACAGCACACAGAUAUUGUGUUGUUUUGGAUAAGAAUCUGGGUUUUCUUAUUAAUGACUGCGGCAUAACUUUCUAAUUGAGCAGUUUAUCUAGCCUUUUCUAUAUCUCAUAAA